UUCAACCGAAACGCUUUGCUUUGCUCGACGCGGUCGCGAAAUUUCUGUGUAGUGUGUCAGUCAGCGGUUUUUUCCUCUCAAGUUGCGCAUCCGAAAAAGAGGCUCUUCAGCCGAAAAAACCAGUAACGACGGUCAUCAUCAAUUAGCAGAAAUCGAACCGGUCAUCGGCGGUCUCCGGUUGAAUCGAAAUUCUGCGGAUUAUUGGAAGAAUCGAAUUUUCAGUCAGUGACGUGAAAGAAGAAACCCUUGCGUGUUGAGAAUUUUUACGUGAAAUCGAAUCGGGAAGACGAAGAAGAGGGAUUUUGCUCUCUCACUCGUUCCGAGAGUGUGUUCUCAAGGUCUCCGAAUUUUCAGGUGUGUGGAAGCCAUUUUUGACAGAAAAUGGCAUUUUCCGUACGUGGUCGGCUCCGGGGAGAAGUUUUCCUUGCCUAAGGAAGGAGGAAAAUCGUUCCAGAACGGUUCGGAAAAGCCAGUGAGUUGCUGCGGCAGCGGCGGCGGAUGAUUGAACAUCAGAAGAAGAAGAGAUCGAUUGAAGAGAAGGACUGUCCGAAGCAAAGAGGCGAAUAAAGAAGAACAGCAGAAAUUGGAUUUUCGUCCUCGUCCGACGUCGGUGAACAAACAAGUGUGUGUUGGGAAUAAGGUUUUUUUUUUUCUUCGAUCGGUCGUUCUAUUUUUCUCUCGCUGCUAGACGAUGGUCAAAAAUUGCGUGAGAGUGUAUUGGUGAUUCACACGGCUGGCUGGCUGGUGAAGAAGAAAAUACCUUUGAAGUGUCGUGGUGACCCGAGCAGAAGAUAGUGGAUUAUUUAUCGGUGGUGAACGAUUGUUGCAGUUUUCUUCUCUGGAAUACUCGUGAGGAGGAUUGGGAAGGAAGCGACUGGAAAAGAUAAUCCCAUAUUUUACAAUCGACUACGAAAAUAGUAAGAAGAAGAAGAAGAAACUGUGGUGUUACACAUGUAAACGUGAGGAACGUCGUCGUGACCCAUGCGAAAUCAUGCGAAAGGUGAAGAAAAUAGAUCGCCAUGGCUUACCGGUCCUUGCCACCGGUGGCCAGCUUGCUGCAAGUGAUGAAGCUUUGAUCCGGAUCGGAGUCUAGAUCGGUAUCGUUAACUGUGAAGAAAGUCGCUAGUUAAGAAGUUAACAAGAGAGUGACGGCGUGUAUUACGUGCGAAACGUGACACUGUCUGUUGCAAAUUGAUAGGAAGAAAAAUUAAUCAAGAAGUGAUCUUCUUGUUGGUGAAGUUUCAAACGCUCUCAGAAAGCGAUAUAAAUUGAAAAUCGAAGAAAAAUGGAUCCGUUCUACGCGGCAUCGUCGUCACCGUCCUCGUCGAGAACGAGCACUGGCGGUGGUGGUGCUGGUGGUGGUGGUCGAAGACCAUCAUCCUCCGGUGAUCAUAGCAGUUCCAGUACCAGCAGCAGCACCAGUGGCGUUAUCACCCUGGAUCGGCUCAAGGAGAAGGGCAAGAAGUUGGCAUCGGCUCACGUGCAGCGAGAAUUGGCAGUCACGGGGCAUUCGGAAUCCCUGGAACUGUUGUUGGAUGAGUUUCUAUCGCCGAUACGACCAAUUGCCGACUCGGACAAUAUCGAGUGGUGCAAGUGGCUUAUUGCCGGUGGCCGAACGCCCGGCGAGUUUGCCUCCAUAGUUCGCGGCUACGACAAUCAUGCCAAGUGCGGUCUGGUCUGGAUUCCGCACGUCGUGGCCUACCGGUGUCGGACGUGCGGCAUCUCGCCAUGCAUGUCCAUCUGUCGGGAUUGCUUCAAGCGGGGCAACCACACGGAUCACGAUUUCAACAUGUUCCUCUCGUUGGCCGGAGGGGCGUGCGAUUGCGGCGACACCUCAGUGAUGAAGGCGGAAGGUUUCUGCAGCGAUCAUGGGAUCAACAACUGUCAGAACAAAUCACCCGUCCCGGACGACCUAAUGGUGGUGGCGGAAGCCAUGAUGCCACGAUUACUGCUGCGGCUGCUGCUGCACUUCCGGGACAACAAUGCCAAAAACCACAACUCGACGAUUUACAGCCGAACGGCCAAGUACUGUGAUGACUACUGUAGCAUGUUGAUGGAGUUCAACAACAUGGGCGAACUGAUGCGGCGGGUUAUGACCAAAUCGCUGAUCGACGAGCGGACGUACAGAAAACUAGUGGAACCACCGUUUCCGCAGAAUUCCUACGGAAAUUUUCUGGAAUACGGCCGCCGGAAGUACGAGGAAGCGGUGCGGUUUUUUCCCUCGCCAGAACCGCCUGACGAGUACAAACACCUACCGGCAUUGGGCCAAACGAUCGUUCACAAAACCCUGUUGGAGGAGUUCAUUUUUUGGACGUUCAAGUACGAGUUCCCGCAGAACAUCGUGUGCUUCCUGUUGAAUAUGCUUCCCGAUCAGGAUUAUAAGGAACACCUAACGCGAACCUUUGUCAUGCACUACUGCCGGAUACCGAGCGUGCUGGAGAUGUCCAACGAUCCGGACACGCUCAGCAAUCGGGUGGUGCACAUGAGCGUGCAGCUGUUCUCCAACGAGAGCCUGGCGCUGAAGAUGGUCGAAGAGCUCAGCCUGCUGCACGUCAUGAUCAUCAGUUUGAAGCAGAUGAUGUCGAAGAUCUUGAUCCCAAACACGCUGCACGCAAUUCUAGAUCCGGCCAGAAACUUCCACUACGUGAUCGACUGUGCCAAGCGGGUGAUGAAGGACCACUGCUACUGGCCGCUGGCAUCGGAUUUCAACAAUGUGCUCUCGCACGAAUCGGUGGCGCUGGUGUUCCUCAAGGACGAUAACCUGAUCGAUAUGUGGUUCCAGUUUCUGUCGAUGUUGCAAGGAAUGAACGUCAACAUCCGCGAAACGGGCAGCCACGUGGAGUUCGAACCAAGUUCCUACUAUGCCGCCUUCAGCUGCGAGCUGGAAGCCAGUGCCUAUCCGAUGUGGUCCAUUAUCUCGCACCUGAAGGAACCCUCGCACGCUCCGCUGGCCAAGAAGAUUAUGGCCUUCUGUGUCAACUACCUGCAGGAUUGGUUGGAUGCCGUGAACUUCUACCAACAUCCCAAGUUUAAUAAGGAGGAACUGUACCGAGCUUCGUUUCACUACCCGCUGCAUCGCUACCUGGCGGCGUUCAUCUGUCAGGGCGUGAAAAAGAUGGGCAUGUCCCUGAACGAUAUCCUCCCGUCGGCCGAUCUGUUGCCCAAGCUGAUGAUGCAUCCACUGCGAGUACAGAGCCUCUUCUACGAAAUCCUGUCCGGCAUCUGGGUGCGCAACGGGCUCCAGAUCAAGGGCCAGGCGAUGACCUACCUGCAGGCCAACUUCUGCAACUCGAUGGUCGACAUGGAUCUGUUCUUCCUGCAAAUCUGUGCCACGCAACUGCCGGCCAAUAUGUUCCUCUCCGAUUGCAUCUCGAUCUUCGGCGUGACGGAGUGGCUGGGCAUGGGUGUGCUCAGUGCCUCGCAGGAGAUGGAACAGGACUCGAUGCUGGAGGGUCUGCUGACGUUCCUGGCGACGUUGAUCACCUCCCGGGUCAACCUGGGCAACGACGAAACGACGCAGUGUAUCAUUGAGAUUAGCGCCCUGCUGGCCACCGGGGACAAGACGCACAGCCAGCUGCUGGAGCUGAUGCCGGAGCGGAGUCUGAAUGCGCAUACGAGAAAUUUCGAACGCUUCCUGAAGGAUCUCUCGGUGUACCGAUCGCCACCGGUCAACUCGGAGAACUUAGAACAGGGUUUGUUCAUGCCGGUGGGCGUGGUUUGGGAGAAGUAUUACGAUCCGUUGCAUGUGUUGCUGCGGGCGGUGCACAGGAGGGAUUUCCAGAACUCGAUGGAUAGGUUUAGUGGAUACGUUAAAAGUGAGGCCAAGAUGCCAAAAAGCGGGAGCUUGUGGCCUCCCUUCCGGUUGCCGAGUUCGUGUGGGAAGGUUUACACCGAUCCGAGAAGUAUUCUAAGUUCCCGCGUGCUACAUGCGACGAUACUGGCGAUCUUCUACCGGGCUGUGCAUACCCAUAGCGUAUCGGAGCACAUGAUGGCAUUGGCGGUGUUUCUUCUGGAGAUGGCUGUGAGCAACUGUGAGACUAAUAAGGACUGUGGGAACGAGUUGGAGCGGGGGGUUCCAUCGGGGACUGGGAACGGGCGGCGACCGUCCGAUGAAAGUGGGGAAACGGUUCCGGAGCUGUUGAAUUGCUAUCCGAGCAAUUGUUUGACUGAUAAUCUAAAGAUGACGAUCAAACGGAUAUCGUUGAUACCCGGAGAGCCGCAGGUCAUGCCGGCAAACUAUCAGAAUCAGAGCGCAGGAACGCCUACGUUUGAUAGCGACGUGGAAUGGGAACUAUCCGAGAGCGAAACCCUGCCAAUGUUGGUGGGCAGUGUUGAUAACGAAUAUGGGACGCAUUUGAACAGCGGUGGAGAGGUAGCCAUUCCUCAAGAUCUGUCCAUGGUACGAGGAAGCUCCCUUGCUAGACGAAUGGACGAAGAAGACGAUGACGACAUGGCUCAUAUGAUCGUAGAUCAUUCACUACCAUCGAUCAAUCUGAGACAGGCACUAACUCUGCCCGAGUACCAUAAUAACAAUAACGAAAGUAAUGACGCAGAUAUGCAUUCGGUCCUUCCUCCUCUUCUCCCGGCGCUUACUUCGUCCAGCUCCGGGACGGUGGCGGUACCUCGCGUGACGAGUGAGAUCUACAACGAGAGCAGUAUGGAGUUGGUAAUUCGACAUGACUUCCCCGUAGCUACCAGCCACAUAGCGGCUAUCAGCGAAGGAAACCGAACGACAACGCCGGACACGACCAUGUUUUCGUCCUCGGUGCCCUCCAAUACAGGGCUACUGCUUCCUUUCAAUCGUGUUCAACCGGUUACAGUUCCUAGUAGACCACAGUUACCGGCACCACCGGGCCAUGCUAGUACAGUGGUCAACGCAAUUAGCGCCUCAUCCACCAAUGCAGGUGGAGCAAGUUCCCAAUUAGUCCACCAGCUGGGCGGUGGUCGUCCUCGACAUAAACGCCGAAAUAUCGAAGCCUCCGGAGAUCCCAGCCACGAACCGGACACCAUACUGAUCGAGGAAAGCAUCCUUUCGCUCCUCCUGAAGCUGCACUCGCAGCUGAGUGGAGCGCUGGAUAGUUUUUCACUGGAAGACGAAACUUCCGAGGACGAGGACGAACGAAUGGAUCAGGAUGACGACUCCUGCUCAUCUAGUCAACAGCAGAGGAUCAAAGUUUCCGAAUCGCGAAUCGGAGACGGACCAUACUUCAUAGGCAACUUGUUGCGGAAGAUCGCACGAUUGGAUGCGAGCUGUGGUAGGAAGAUCAACGAAAUCCGCCAUGCACUGUGGCCGAACCAAAGAGAACGACAGGCGGAGCAGAAAGCACGCGAGGCUAAGGAACGGGAAGAGCGCAGCAAACGGGCCAAGGAACGACAAAAGAAACUGAUGGAAGAGUUCGCCAACCGACAGAAGGCGUUCAUGGAACAAGCUGCGGCGGCCAAUAUGGAUUGUUUCGAAGGUGACGAAGAGGAGGAAGAAGAGAUGAUCGAGAUGCCAAGGGAAAAGGAGUACGACUGUAUAAUUUGCAACACGACCGGACCGAGUACGGAGUCAAAUCCGAUCGGGUUGGUAGUGUUGGUGGAGUCCAGCAGUAUUGUGGGUCACCGAAGGAAGGAGAACGAUCGUUGUCCUCUGCCAUUGAACGAAGACGACAAGGCAAGAUUGGAACGCAAUGUGAAGAUGUCCAACGAGUUCAACAAGCGAGUGGAUUUGCUGCAGUGGAAGUUUGGAUCAACGUCCUGGUUCCUGUCGCAUAACAUCGGAUGGGAAGGUGGAGUUCACGUACAAUCUUGUGGUCAUCAUGUACACCUGACCUGUCAGGAUUCGUACCUGAAGUCGCUGCACACUUCUGCCAGACCACAGAAUCUCAACGUCGAACGCGGGGAAUUCUUCUGCCCGGUUUGCCGUCAACUGGCCAACUCUGUACUGCCGCUUAGUCCUUGCCUGGACCGACCGACCCCACUGAUUCGAACUCCUUCACCACCGUACGCCAGUCUAGUCAACGAUUUGAUGAACCUUAUCAAGGAAAACAAACGCCCUCCGACGACAACCAAAUUCUACGAGGCCAUGGGUCGAGCCAUGGAGAACAUGACCAGCUGCACGCAGCGGAACAUCAAGAAGCACUCAGUCACCCUGCAUAGUCUGUUUUCGUUUGUGAUUUCAAUCGCUCGCAUCAACCUGGAAUCGGAGGUCAUCCAACGGGGUGGAUCCCUGUGCACUCAGAAGGAUCUUCGCUACAAACCGAAGCGGGACUGUAUUGUGCCGCUGUUGCACGUGCUAUCGCUGCACGUUCGACUUAUGAUCAAUGACGAUUCUCCGAUGCGGUUGAAGGUCGGCGAAGAUUGGCCCGCGUGGCAUUCCUGGGCGAUACUUUGUGGACUGGCACUGGCACGACGACAGGAAGCUGAUGCUGCUGCUACUGCCGCCACUGUUUCAUCGGCAACGGCCACGGCAAGCGCCUUUGAAGCCGCUCUAGGACUUUCAGCAGCAGGACCAGACGUCGAUGAUGGCAAUUCGACGGCAACCACGUCGGCACUCUUCUACAGCGAGGCCAUACCGGCCCUACUGAACGAUCCGUGUGCCUUGAUGCUGAAGUUUAUCCUGCUGGCACCGCUCCACCUGGAUCAAGCAUACUUCACCUGCAUCGUCAAGGUGAUGUACAACCUUCUCUACUACCAAAUCGUACUGCAACUGUGCACCCACCUAACGGACGACCAAUGCGAGCACCUGAUAGAGCAAUACUCCUCCGUCCCGCAAGUGCGCGCAAAGGGUGUCCCGAACAUCGGCGCGGCCAUGGUCUUCAUCCUGGAAAACCUGGAACGCUGUCGGUACAUCCGUUCCGACAGUGUCCUCAUGACGGAUCACUCGGCUUCGAUGAUGGACCAAUGCGAGGGCAAAGCAUCAUCCACCCCGAAUGGUUCUACCUCGUCCUCGUCCGGGGGACAACUGGAUCUAGCCGCCCUGGAGAAACACCUUCAACGUCUAUGUCUGCCAUUCCUCAGGGUUGCUGCGCUGCUACGGCACCACAUAUACCAUCCCGAGAUACCGGAAAUUCCCGGCCCGCAGUGGGAGUUUAGCCGGCUCGUGUACUACCUGGAACUAGUCACCGUCAGUAUGGAUAUGGACAAGUUCAACGCCAGCAAGGCGUUGUGUUUCCUGCCGGGCACGGAACUGUCGCUGCCCAAGUUUUGGUGCGAUCAGUUGCGCGAAAUUCGGCCGACGUACGAAUCGACCCGGUCGCUGAUCGACAACCAGCACAUCGAGUGGAAGCAGCCCCGGCUUCUGGGCCUGCCCCGGGAAUACGAGCGAUUGUUCACGCAUUACCACGAGCAGCCUUGUCCCAAGUGCCACAACGUGCCGAAGGAGAGUUCGAUCUGUUUGCUGUGCGGUGCGAUCGUGUGUCUGAAGCAGGCCUGCUGUAAGGAACAGGAAUGCUGCGAAGCUGUGAGGCAUUCCAUCAGCUGCGGAGGGGGGACGGGUAUUUUCCUGGUGGUGACAUCGACGUACAUCAUCAUCAUCCGAGGUCGGCGGGCCUGCCUGUGGGGUUCGCUGUAUCUGGACGAUUACGACGAGGAGGAUCGAGAUUUGAAACGCGGUAAACCGCUCUACCUGAGCGAGGAUCGUUUCAACCUGCUGGAGUCGCAGUGGCUAUCGCACCGGUUCGCUCACACCAAACACACCUGGGUAUGGCAUCGGGAUUCUCUGUAAAUUGUGAAAA